AUGUGGUCCAACUUCUUUGUGCAGCAGGACGAGGAUGGGCGCAUUGGGGUGGCGGGGGCGGGCACAGCGGGGGGGUUGGCAGGUUUGGGGGGGAUGAAAGGUGGCAGGACACAGAGGCGGAGCCACAAGAUGAGUGACAGCAUGGAGGGAAAGAUCAAACUGGCCUUUUUCGUGGCAAUCAUCGGGGUGACCCUCACAGUGCUGGGCAUGGGCACAGAGUUCUGGGCGGAGCUGUCCCAGCCAAAGACUUUGAGUGGGAACCAGACGUGUCAGAUGGCCCAUUAUGGCCUGUGGAAGGGCUGCAUCCGCACACUCUGGGUAUCUGACAUCGACCCUGAGAGGACGAGCUGUGGGCCCCCUGAGCUGCCCGGAGAAUCCAACUGCACCUAUUUCAAGUUUUUCACAUCUGGAGAAAACGCAGUCAUCUUUAAGAAGACGACAAACAGAAAUCUGAACCUGGCGGCCGCCGUCCUGGCUCUGCUCAGUUUGACCAUGAUGGUGAUGGGCUCCAUCUGUAUCGGCAUGUCCCUCAGCAAAGGGGUGUCCUUCUUCCUCAAACCAGCUGCAUUCUGCUUCAUCCUCUCAGGGGUGCUGGUUCUACUGUCAGUGCUGAUCUUUCACCAGUCCGUCUUGGCUUUACUGGCCAGUGACCACUCCAUUCCCACCAGCCACAAGCUCUCCUGGUCUGUGGCGUGUGUGGGGUCGGCUGGAGCCAUCCUCAUCUUCGGGGGGAUCCUCUUCAUUCUCCUCUCCCUCCCCUACAGCCCCUGGCAAAAAUGUUUCCCUCAUAAGGACGGUGGUGCAACUUAG